AUGAGUACGAACCCAGCAAUCGCAGGAACCAUCCUCCGCAACUUCUCCAUCAUCACCGCCGUGGCCCUAACAGGCGUCUACGCCUCAGACCGCAUCAUCAGCAUCGCGAGCCGGAAACAGAUGGGGAUACGCGGGGAACAGAGCAUCUAUAAUGCCAGCGUACACCCAGAACAAGAUCCACUAGAUACGAUCUUGGAUCGCAAGAACCUCAUGAACGCGGCGAAAGCGAGGAAGCCUUGGAAUAUGACACUGGCUGAGAAAGAGCGGUCGAGGAGGGGUGAGGCCGUGGAACAUUAG